CAAGUUGCUACAAUAAACAAUAACAAUCUACUCAGCUGCAUCGAUAAACUGAAUUAUUUUAAAUUUUUACAAUAAAUCCAAACCUUAUUCAGUGAAUUGCACCAAAUGGGAUUCUUAACUAUAUUGAAGAAAAUGAAGCAAAAAGAAAAGGAGAUGAGAAUUCUUCUGCUUGGAUUAGACAACGCCGGCAAAACAACAAUACUGAAACGUUUCAAUGGGGAGCCAAUUGAUCAGAUUUCUCCCACGCUUGGUUUUAACAUAAAAACUUUAGAAUACAAGAACUAUACGCUCAACAUGUGGGAUGUAGGUGGACAAAAAUCACUUCGAUCGUAUUGGCGGAACUAUUUCGAGUGUACCGACGGUCUGGUGUGGGUAGUGGACAGUACUGACCGGAUGCGAAUGGAAUCGUGUCGCGAGGAACUAGCAUUACUUCUUCAGGAGGAACGGCUGGCAGGAGCAACUCUGCUGGUAUUAGCAAACAAGCAGGACUUACCAGGAGCACUCACGAGUAGUGAAAUUAAAGACGUGCUAGGAUUAGAGAAAAUCGAAACCCAUCAUUGGGUUAUCCAUGGGGUCAGCGCUGUGACCGGAUUAAAGCUAGUGGAAGCAAUCGACUGGCUGGUAGAUGAUAUUUCGAAAAGAAUUUUCACCUUGGAUUAAUCCAAAUCCGUUAUUUCAAAAUUAGUUACUAAUGAAUAACACAAGAUUCUCUUAUAUUUAGGUUGGAGAUCACAAUUAAUUUAAUAUUUAUAAUAUAAAUCUACUCGUUAAAUCUGUUUGGAAGUACACAUUUAAUA